UUCAAAAACAAUGAAGGCCUUCUUGGUAUUAAGCUUCCUAAUAUUGCUGUUGGCAGACGAAGCUCUAUGUUCCUCUAGAGAGCAAAGGCUAUCAAAGUUGCUAGAAAAGCUUGAAGCCAAAGUAGCCUCAUCGCCUACUAAGCCACCUUUGAUACCACCACGAAAGGCUAAACACAACAAAAAAAGGAAUGGGAGAGUAUUCAAUCUCAUUGCCUAUGGAGCAGACCCAACUGGGACAAAAGACAGUAGUGAUGCAAUAUUGCAAGCUUUGGGUGAUGCUUUUCAAUUGAGAAGUGGACUGGAAUUGCUGCCUGGGAUCAGUGACUUUGGUGGUGUAGUCAUUGAUUUGCACGGUGGAAACUACAAAAUUAGUAAACCAAUAAGGUUUCCUUCUUCUGGUGGUGGCAAUAUUGUGGUACGAGGAGGAACUUUGAGAGCAUCAGAUACAUUUCCUGGUGAUCGACACCUUAUUGAACUAUGGUCACCAAAUUCUCCAAAUACAGAAAAUAAGGUCCAAAAUGCUGGGUUUUACUAUGAGGACAUCACCUUCAGGGACAUACUCUUUGAUUCAAGCUACAGGGGAGGAGGGAUUUACAUUGUUGAUUCAGCUAGAAUUCGCAUAAACAAUUGCUUCUUUCUCCACUUCACAACCCAAGGAAUUCUAGUGCAAAGGGGCCAUGAAACCUUCAUAUCAAGCUGCUUUCUUGGACAACACUCAACAAUUGGUGGUGAUAAAAAUGAAAGGAAUUACUCAGGCACUGCCAUUGACCUAGCAAGUAAUGACAAUGCAGUCACAGAUGUUGCAAUUUUCUCAGCAGCAAUUGGAAUUGUAUUAAGAGGUCAGGCAAACAUAAUCACAGGGGUACAUUGUUACAACAAGGCAUCAUUUUUUGGUGGGAUUGGAAUAUUGGUGAAACUAGGUGGAUAUUCACAAACUAGAAUUGAUAAUUGUUACUUGGAUUACAAUUCUAUAGUCAUGGAAGACCCAGUUCAAGUCCAUGUUACUAAUGGAUUCUUCUAUGGGGAUGCUACUGUGGUAUUGAAAUCAAUUAAGGGUAAAAUCUCAGGGUUAAACAUUGUGGAUAACAUGUUUAGUAGUGGACCAGGGCAAACUAUGGUUCCUAUAAUAACAUUGGAUGGACAAUUCACUGACAUUGAUCAAGUGGUGAUUGAUAGGAACAAUGUGAAUGGUUUGAGCUUGAAAUCAACAGUUGGAAAACUAAGGGUGGCCGGAAAUGGGACUAGGUGGGUGGCUGAUUUUUCGUCGGUGCUGCUAUUUCCCAACAGGAUUAGUCAUUUGCAGUACUCAUUUCGCACUCUAGGAGAGCCUAAAUUUACAGCACAUGCAGUGACCAAUGUGUCUAAUAAUGUGGUGGUUGUAGAGAGUGAGAAGCUAGUUAAUGGGGUGGUCUCCUUGGUUGUUGAUCAGUAAAGUAUAAUUAGGAAAAAAAUUGUACUUAUUUUAACAGAAAGUUGUACUAUCUUCAUCAAUUGUUGGUACAAAAAGAAAAGAGACGAAAAUCUUUGCCAGGUCUUUA